GUUUUAAAAAAAUUCUGUUUUAUUUCAGUUUUUAAAAAUGGAAAACUUAAAUAAUUUUCCUAAUGAUAGGCAUUUGUUUACUGAACAUCCAAAUGUAUCAAAUACCUUCAAUCCAUUACAAAUACCUUAUAACCAACUUCAUGGGACAAAUCGGUUACAUUUUGACCAACCACCUGGAAUCAAUCAAAUACCUUUCAACCUACCUAAUGGAAACAAUCAAAGAUUUUCUAAUCAACCAAUCGAUUUUCCAUUAUAUUCAUCUCCAAAUUAUAAUAACAUACCAAAUUUUACAUUUCAGCAGGCCCACUUUCCAAUGGUUCCAGAACACUCACCAAAUUAUCCAGGAAUAGAACCAUUUUUUAGACGUGACCCAAGGGCGGGAUAUAUGCAAAUGAAUAGUUUUCCAAGGGCCCAAAAACCAUCGUUUCGAGCACAGGAUUUUCAAAAUAACAGUUUACCAAAAACCAAUACAAAUAAUCGACAACAAAAUUUUAAAGUAUUUGGUUUUGAGGAAGGUAAUCAACGAAAUGUGCAUUCUUCACCUGAGCAAUGGCAUACUAUACAGCCAUUGCAAUUUUCAACUGAUCUUAAACAAAGCAAUAACUGUGUUCCUAAUCUUUUUGUGAAUCAAGUGGACAUAUUUCCAUCACCGAUUCCAACACAUUUAGACGCUAUGCCCAUUCCAUCAAGUUUUAUGUCUGUUCCAGGAAAUCAACAAAAUCUGAAUUUUCAAAAUCUCCCUCCUAAUAAAAAUUUUACAAAUCACAAAAGUAUUGUAUCAAAAGAUAAUCAAAAUGAUUUUAAAGAAAAUAUUGUUUCAAUGGUUGAAAGCUGGCUCAAAACUAGACAAAAUGGUACAAAAAAGGAGCAGAAAAAGAUUUUAAAGAUUUUUGAAUAUAAAGAUUUGCUAAAAGAAUAUAUAACUUUGAUGAACACAAUAAGAGAUCAUAGUAAUUCAUUAGCAGAAAACAUAACUAUGAAUGAGUCGCAAUGGCAAGUUCAUGUUGCAGAAGGAAAAAUAUACAAGGAAAAACUCUUACAAAUGAAAGAUCAAUUGUUUGAUGAAGCUCAGAUCAAAGUUAUUUCUGAAAAACUAAAAGCUCGAAAAAAGAAAAGGGAAAGAGCAAGGCGUAGAAAAAAACAAGAAUCAGAAGAAUACUUAGCUAACAUUAGUAAAAGGAUGAAGUUGCAUGAGCAAAUUGAUGAUGCUAUUCAUAAGAAACAAAUGGAAAUUCUGAGACAAAAAAUGGUCGACAAUCUGAAAAAUGAAGCUGGAGAGUCAUUAGUAGAAGUUAAGAGAAAGCAAUAUGAAACCGAUGAAAGAAUUGCAGUAUUUCAACUACUUAAAGACCUCAGAGAUUUAAGGAAAGAAACCUCAAUUUACAAGGGGAUCUUACCUACUGAAAAUGAAAAUAUAUCAUUUGAUGGAACUGUAAGUAAGGCAAUUGAACUAUUGAAGAAACAAAGAAAAAUAUAUGAGGAUGAAGAAAAGGCAUUAAGAGUUUUGCGCGAAGAAGAAACUGAGGAGUUCAAUCGUUUAGAAAAUGAAAAGCAGAAGAAACGGAAGCAAAACAGGCGUAUGGAUUUGUACACCUUUGAUCCAAUGAUACCUUUUCGUAUGUAUUGGUUGCAAGCAGAAGAAAGUUUAGCUGCAUUGAUUCAUAUAAGAAAUUUAUGGGAUUUUUAUUUGGCUCCAUCAGACUCUCUGAAAAGUAGUCGUAUUCCAGAAGGUUUUAUUAAUGCAGCUCCUCCUAGCAGUAGUGAAUGGAGGAAGUAUUUGAUAAAAACAAAGCCGAAUAAAUCUACUUACAAGUAAAGUGAAAGUCAAACGUGUUAUUGAUAUCUAAAUGAUUGUUCACACACUCUUUUAACAAUGGGGUGUAUCUUUUUUAAAGUCUUUUAGCAUGUAAAUAGUUAUAUUAUAUUUUAUCAUUCAAACAAAUGACUUAUUAUUACAUCCUUCAUAAAGUUUAAAGAUAUAAUUUAUUAAA